CUUGACUUUCAGGGAUGUGGCUAUAGAAUUCUCAUUGGCGGAGUGGAAAUUCCUGAACCCUUCGCAGAGGGCUUUAUACAGGGAAGUGAUGUUGGAGAACUACAGGAACCUGGAGGCUGUGGGAUUAAGCGAUUUCUGGCCAGCAACCAAAAGCAAAAUCGUCCAAUUUCCCAGUGGAUUCAAAUGAAAACUGGCAAUAAAAUCAGGUACAACUUUAAAAGGAGACAUUGGAGAAGAAUCAAGCUGGGUCUAUAAGGAAUUGCACAUGAGAUGGCACACAUACUUAUGCUGUCUGAGCGUCAUAAUCAUGUUACCAUGUCAAGCUGAAUAUGUCACCACCAUCUGGAGAUUUGGACAUGUUUUAUCGGGAAUAUAUUUUUUCUCUCUGAAUCUGUUAUGAACGCAUUGGUUGGAUGGGUUCAGUAAUAAACAUGUGAGAACUUUCAUUUCAAAAAAAAAUUUCAAAUGAUGUAAUAGAUUACCUAAAUUUCUGUUUUGUUUUUGUUUUUUUUUGAUAUGGAGACUCCACUGGGUUCAGUGGAUCACACCUGUGGUCCUGGCACUUUGGGAGGCUGAGGUGGGAGGAUUGCUUGAGACCAGGAGUCUCCUGGGAAUCUUCUCGUCUUCCCUAACCCAGUUCAUGACAGGCCCUUGGACUUUACUGUUAUGGAAAAAUCUAUAUAAAGCAAUAUCAGCGGCCAGGAGCGAUGGCUCACGCCUGUAAUCCCAGCACUUUGAGAGGCCAAGGCGGGUGAAUCACCUGAGGUUAGGAGUUCGAGAACAGCCUGACCAACAUGGAGAAACCCUGUCUGUAUUAAAAAUACAAAAUUAGCCGGGCACGGUGGCACAUGCCUGUAAUCCCAGCUACUCAGGAGGCUGAGGCAGGAGAAUUGCUUGAAUUUGGGAGGCGGAGGUUGCUGUGAGCCGAGGUUGCUGUGAGCCGAGAUCAUGCCAACACACACCAGCCUGAGCAACAAGAGCAAAACUCCAUCUGAAAAAAUAAAAUGAAAUAAAAUAAAAAACAGUAUCAGUGUGUCAAAGCAUUAUGUCUGUCACAAUCUUUGUGAAAGGAAAAUCAAAAUUACUAACUAAAGAGAAAAGUCAAGCUGGGAACUGUGUCAAACAAACCUGCCUCCCAUUUUAUCCCUAAACAAGAUAGCUACAAGGACUUAAAAAAAAAAAAGCUACAUACUCCGCUCACAAACUGUGGGCCUCAAGAUCUCCACUCCAAAAUAGUUCUGUUGAAUUUCACCCUGGCAAUGUAAACUGAGAGCUUAUCUUCACAGGUGUGGGAAAGAACCCAUCCCUCUGCACACCUGAGUCAAAUGUCUAUCUGAUUGCUUAAUCAGAAACAAUAGGCAGAGGCCCUAUUUUUUAAGUAAAAAUGCAGGGUCACUGAGACAGUCUAAGGCAUAAGUGACUAUUCCUCCACCCUCUCUCACAUAUAAAUUGUGUAUUCAAUGAAAGGCUGAUCGAAGACUCAAACAAUGUGAUCAUUUGUUAUCUCCCUGUGACCUGGAAGCCUGCAAUUCCAGUUAUUCCACCGUCCCAGAUCGAACCAAGGUGUAUCUUAUAUGUAUUGAUUGAUGUCUCAUGUCACCCUAAAUUUGUAAACUGCAGCCUGAACACCUUGGGCACAUGUCAUCAGGACCUCCUGAGGUUGUGUCAUGGGUGCAUUUUUUAACCUUGGUAAAAUAGAUUUCUAAAUUCAUUGAGAGCUAGUAGAUACUUUUCGUUCACAAGCUCAUGAACACAGAAAAAAACAAGAUAGAAUAAGGAAAAAACUAGUGUAAUGGAAAGCACAAAAUCUGUUCUAAAAUCUGAACUCCUUCAUACUUAUUCACCAUAGGGAAAUGCCAACUUUGUGGGAUUAGAUUCCAUUUGUGAAAGAUUAUAUGUAUUUUUGUUUGUUUGUUUUGUUUUGUUUUUUGAGACGGAGUUUCACUCUUGUUGUCCAGGCUGGAGUGCAAUGGUGAGAUCUCGGAUAACUGUAACCUCUGCCUCCCAGGUACAAAGGAUUCUUCUGUCUCAGCACCCCAAGUAGCUCGGAUUACAGGCAUGCAUCACCAUGCCCAGCUAAUUCUUUUCUAUUUAGUAGAGAUGGGGUUUCAUUACAUUAGUCAGGCUGGUCUUGAAUUCCUGACCUCAUGAUCCACCUGCCUCAGCCUCCCAAAGUGCUGGGAUUACAGAUAUGUGGCAUUGUGCUGGGCUGAAAGAUAUAUUUCUAAUAUUGGAUUGAAAUAAAAACCCACUCUAUGUAACUUUAGCUAAUUUAAAACGCAAAUAAUAGAUGAUCAUACAGAAAAUAUGUAAUAUUUCAUACAUACACAAAACUUUGUAAUAUUUCACUUAGUAUUGCUGUUACUAUGUUCUUGGGGCAGAAGCUCAGUCUGUCAGAUACAUUACAAAAGAGUGGCAUCUCCAUAAUUGUGCUUAGGACUCUGGUGCAUAAGUGGAUAAACUGUUAAACAGGAUCCUAGGAGAGCUAAGAUGAGAAAGUUCAAGUCCAUUAAAACUAGCAAGACAUAUUCCUUACUGCUCUCGCAUGAAUCACGGUCUUAAGAUGUUUACAGUUAAGGAAAGCAGCUUAAUCAUACCUGCAAGGACAAACUCCUACAGAAACACGAUGUCCAGAAAACCCAAUAUCCCGUGACAGUGUAUGCUUCUAAGAUAAUUACAGUCAUGCUUUCACUUACUUGCACACUAAAAUACCAAGAAUAGGUUUUCUUUUUUUUUUGAUGGAGCUUCACUUUUGUCAUCCAGGCUGGAGUGCAAUAGCACAAUCUUGGCUCACUGCAACCUCCACCUUUGGGUUCAAGCGAUUCUCCUGCCUCAGCCUCCUGAGUAGGUAGGAUUACAGGCAUGCACCACCACCCCCGUCUAAUUGUUGAAUUUUCAGUAGAGACGGGGUUUCACUACGUUGGCAAGGCUGGUCUCGAACCCCUGAUCUUAGGUGAUCCCCCCCACAUCGGUCUUCCAACGUUCUAGAAUUACAGGCGGGUGCCAACGCAACUGGCCAAGGAUAGCUGUCAAUCAACAAAGUAAUAAGUUUUGUUACACUGUCAGCAGGUAGACAUACCUUAGUUUUUACCUAAGCACCUAUGUAAGAGAAAGUUUAAGAGGAGGCAGUUCCCUUUGUUUUUGAGGUCGCCCGACUGUGUAACUGGUAGCUUUCUUUUUUUUUUUGAGACAGAGUCUCACUCAGGCUUGAGACACCUUGUCCAGCUGUAUUUAUUAUUAUUAUUAUUAUUUUGUUUUUGAAACAGAGUUUCACUCUAGUUCCCUGGGCUGGAGUACAGUGGCAUGAUCUUGGCUCACCACAGCCUCCGUUUUCUGGGCUCAAGCAAUUCUCCUGCUUGAGCCUCCCGAGUGGCUGGGACUACAGGCGCAUGCCACCACGCCAGGCUAAUUUUUGUAUUUGUAGUAGAGACGGGGUUUCUCCAUAUUAGUCAGGCUGGUCUCGAACUCCCGACCUCAGGCCAUCCGCCUUCCUCAGCCUACCAAAGCGCUGGGAUUACAGGCUUGAGCCACCGCGCCCAGCCUGAAGUAGUAUUUUUUAGAAAGUAAUUAAAUCUUUUUUCAGCAUAAUGACCCAGAGAUGUACUUCUGAAGGACUUGGGAGCUCUUCUUGAAAGGCAAGCAACAAGGGAGACAGUACCUGUAUGUCAGUAGGAAAUUAAAUAUUUCAAACAUCAAAUUUAAAUUUAAAGCUACAGACUUUUAAAUAAUUCAGAGCCUUGAGAGGAACGUGGUCAUGCAACCUGAGUCCAGUGGCAUGCAGGCGCAACUUCUACAAGUUUUCCUGGCCAGGCACGCAGGCUCAGGCCUGUAAUCCCAGCACUUUGGGAGGCUGAGGUGGGCAGAUCACCUGACGCCAGGAAUUAGAAACCAGCCUGGCCAACAUGGGGAAACCCAGUCUCUACUGAAAAUACAAAGCCAUUAGCCGGGAAUGGUGGUGCACGCCUGUAUUUUCAGCUACUUAGGAGGCUGAGGCAUGAGAACUGCUUGAACCCAGGACGUGGAAGUCAUAGUGAGCCGAGAUCACGUCACUGCAUUCCAGCCUCGGCAACAGAGCAGGACUCCUUACCAAAACAAAACAAAACAAAACAAAACAAAACAAAAUAUGCUAUACAAUUUUGUUUCCUAAUAUUAAUUUUAAAAAGUUUUCGUGUAAAUAAUCAGGAAAACUGGCCGGGCACAGUGGCUCACGCUUGUAAUCCCAGCACUUUGGGAGGCCGAGGCAGGCGGAUCACGAGGUCAGGAGAUCGAGACCACGAUGAAACCCCGUCUCUACUAAAAAUACGAAAAAAAAAAAAAUUAGCCGGGCGUGGUGGCGGGCGCCUGUAGUCCCAGCUACUUGGAGAGGCUGAGGCAGGAGAAUGGCGUGAACCCGGGAGGCGGAGCUUGCAAUGAGCCGAGACUGCGCCACUGCACUCCAGCCUGGGCGACAGAGCGAGACUCCGUCUCAAAAAAUAAUAAUAAUAAUAAUAAUUAGGAAAACUAAGCAGCCCCAGAGAUAAGACCUCCUGGCAUCAUUGUCCCUUCUUAUGGAGUGAUAAUGUAAACUUCCUUGAAGUGUAUCAAUCCGUCACCAAUCAAGCUGCCACAACCUAUGCAUUGGACUUGAAUGGAAAAUGUGGUGAUUCUGAUAAAGCUUCUUUGUCUUUCCUUGUCUGUGUGAAACGUUAAUAUCUCUACUUGGGAACGCUGACCCCUUUCAUUUGGAGUUGAGGUUUCCAGGUGGCUAUUCUCAUGCUUUGUGUCCAAAUAAACUCUAUAAUUAAUAAUGUAUUCUAAAUUUCAUUAUUUACUGCUGACGUCAGUUUCUGUCGGAUUGUAGGAGCCUCACCAGAGAAGGCACCUGUUGCCAUGCUGUAAAACUCACACUUGCCAAAAAGACAUGGGUUAGGGUUUCUCCCCCUCCCUCAGGAUGACGCUAGUUAGCUGACACAGAUGGUCACCUCCAUUACCAAGUAGAGCCAGGAUGAACUAUGUGUGACCAAGCGUGUUGUCAAGUCCUCUUCCCUGAGGACUGAUUAGUGUUUAUCUUGAAAACAUGUACUUGGGUUGUAUAGAACAGUGAAGUUUCUUUCUCUCUUUUCAACCUCUCAACUGUCCUCUAUUUCCCAUCACAUUCUGGUCAAAGGCUUAUUUAUUAAUAAAAUAGUUUUUAUUUCUUUCUCUGUUAUCGUCGUGAAGAUUAUUUCUCAUUUAGGGGAAGAUUUUUCAGUUUUCAACUGUAUUUUCUCAACAUUUAAGAACGAAGUGAAGAGUAUUUCUUGGGCCAGGCACAGUGGCUCAUGCCUGUAAUCCCAGCACUUCAGGAGGCCGAGGCAGGCGGAUCACUUGAAGUCAAGAGUUCGAGACCAGCCUGGCCAACAUGGUGAAACCCCGUCUGUACCCAAAAUACAAAAAUUAGCCAGGCAUCAUGGCGUGUGCCUGUAAUGCCAGCUAUUCCGGAGGCUGAGGCAGGAGAAUCGCUUCAACCCAGGAGGCAGAGGCUGCCGUGAACUGAGAUGUCACCACUGCACUCCAGCCAGAGCGACAGAGAAAUACUCUGUCUCAAAAAAAAAAGAAAAGAAAAAAGAAAAAGAAAUAAGAAAGUAAUAGAUCUCUUCCACAAAUGUGCUGGGACAAUUAACUGGAUAUCCACAUGGAAAAGAAUAAUGUUGUAUCCCUUUCUCACACAAUCAAAAUUUUAUUUUAAAAAUUAAAAGAGACGACGAAGGGAGCCCUGCAGGAGAGGGCGUUACUUUGUCGCCCAGGCUGGCCUGGGCCCCCAGGCUCAGCGAUCCUCCCGCCCCUGGGUCCUCAGGCUCCCGCCCACCCGGCCGCAUCCCUGCUGUGUUUAAGCAGUAGGUGGUGACGUCACUCCUCCCUGGCCUGAGCACUCCGUCGCGCAUCCCAGGCAGUGGCCCUAGGGAAGUCUCUGAAGCUGAGCACAGUGUGGACUCUCCCUCCUGAGUGAAUGGCGAAUAGAAAGGGAGAGGAUUUCUAUUCUGUUCUGAGGGCCGUCAGCAUGAAAUUAUACGUUCCGCCCAGGCAGGUCUUUGCAUUUUACAUUCUAGUUUGCAUCCCCGUUCCAGACAAUUCCAGGGCUUUUGAAUCGUGCUUCAGCCUUCCUGACGGAUCUCGCUUCCAAAGCCCGAAAAAUAGAGUCGCUGGGAGCGAGGCUGAGAGACUCACAGGUCCCGCCCCGGCCCCGCCCUCUGGCGGUUCUAAAGGACAAGGUCUCUUCGCCUGGGGCCCCGCCUCUACCUCGAUCAGGCCCUACCCACCUUCUCGUUGGCUCUACUCAGGCCUGGCUUUAGUCCUGUGCGCACAGAUGCGCGCAGACCAGGAAGCGGAUCCCGUGGAGUGAAGGUCGCUUCGCGGCGGAUUAACUUCUAAAGACUCUUGGUACGUGAGGAAGAAACCCGGAAGAGGAAGAGGAAAGCAAAGGAGUCAGGGAUGGCUCUUCCUCAGGGUCUAUUGACAUUCAGGGAUGUGGCCAUAGAAUUCUCUCAGGAGGAGUGGAAAUGCCUGGACCCUGCUCAGAGGACUUUAUACAGGGACGUGAUGCUGGAGAAUUAUAGGAACCUGGUCUCCCUGGAUAUCUCUUCCAAAUGCAUGAUGAACAUGUUCUCAUCAACAGGGCAAGGCACUACUGAAGUGAUCCACACAGGGACAUUGCAAAGACAUGCAAGUCAUCACACUGGAGAUACUUGCUUCCAGGAAAUUGAGAAAGAUAUUCAUGACUUUGUGUUUCAGUGGCAAGAAGAUGAAACAAAUGGCCAUGAAGCACCCAUGACAGAAAUCAAACAGUUGACGAGUAGUACAGAGCGAUAUGAUCAAAGGCAUGCUGGAAACAAGCCUAUUAAAGAUCAGCUUGGAUCAAGCUUUUAUUCGCAUCUGCCUGAACUGCACAUAUUUCACCCCGAAGGGAAAAUUGGUAAUCAAGUUGAGAAGGCUAUCAAGGAUGCUUUCUCAGUUUCAAGAUCCCAAAGAAUUUCCUGUAGGCCCAAAACCCAUAUUUCUAAUAAGUAUGGGAAUAAUUUCCUCCAGUCUUCAUUACUCACACAAAAAUGGGAAGUACACACUAGAGAAAAAUCUUUCCAACGUAAUGAGAGUGGCAAAGCCUUUAAUUGUAGCUCACUGUUAAAAAAACAUCAGAUAAUCCAUUUAGGAGACAAACGGUAUAAAUGUGAUGUAUGCGGCAAGGUCUUUCAUCAGAAGCGAUACCUUGCAUGCCAUAGAUGUCAUAUUGGUGAGAAACCUUACAAGUGUAAUGAGUGUGGCAAGACCUUCAGUCACAAUUCAGCCCUGUUAGUUCACAAGGCAAUUCAUACUGGAGAGAAACCUUACAAGUGUAAUGAAUGUGGCAAGGUUUUUAAUCAACAGUCAAACCUUGCACGUCAUCAUAGAGUUCAUACUGGAGAGAAACCUUACAAAUGUAAAGAAUGUGACAAAGUUUUCAGUCGCAAAUCACACCUUGAAAGACAUAGGAGAAUUCACACUGGAGAGAAACCAUACAAAUGUAAGGUUUGUGACAAGGCUUUCAGACGUGAUUCACACCUGGCACAACAUACUGUAAUUCACACUGGAGAGAAACCUUACAAGUGUAAUGAGUGUGACAAGACCUUUGUUCAAAAUUCAUCUCUUGUAAUGCAUAAGGUCAUUCAUACUGGAGAGAAACGUUACAAGUGUAAUGAAUGUGGCAAGGUUUUUAAUCACAAAUCAAACCUUGCAUGUCAUCAUAGACUUCAUACUGGAGAGAAACCUUACAAGUGUAAUGAGUGUGGCAAGGUUUUCAAUCGAAAAUCAAACCUUGAACGUCAUCAUAGACUUCAUACUGGAAAGAAAUCUUAGAAGUAUAAUUAAUUUGCAAGGUUUUUAGGCAACAAUCAAACCUUGCAUGUCAUCAUAGACUUUAUACUGGAGAGAAACCUUACAAAUGUGAAGAAUGUGACAAAAGUUUUCAAUUUCAAAUCACUCCUUGAAAUACAUAGGAGAGGCCGGGCGCGGUGGCUCACGCUUGUAAUCCCAGCACUUUGGGAGGCCGAGGCGGGCGGAUCACAAGGUCAGGAGAUGGAGGCCAUCCUGGCUAACACAGUGAAACCCCGUCUCUACUAAAAAAUACAAAAAAUUAGCCGGGCGUGGUGGUGGGCGCCUGUAGUCCCAGCUACUCGGAGAGACUGAGGCAGGAGAAUGGCGUGAACCCGGGAGGCAGAGCUUGCAGUGAGCCGAGAUUGUGCCACUGCACUCCAGCCUGGGCGACAGAGCGAGACUCCAUCUCAAAAAAAAAAAAAGAAAAGAAAAGAAA